AUGCGCAUUGAUGCAGUCAAUCGACGUGGCUCUUAUCCACUUUAUGCUGUCAUAGAAACUAAUCCCGAUGCUUUGAUGAUCGCUAAUACACUCGAUCAAGAGCGACAAAGUACAGGUCCAAGGUCUUUUCUUCAUGGGAUUCCAAUUUUGGUCAAAGAUAAUGUAGCAACUAAUGAUAAAAUGCAAACAACUGCUGGCAGUCUGGCUUUGAUUGGAGCUCGUGUUAAUCGAGAUGCUCACGUUGUUUAUCGUUUGAGACAAGCAGGUGCCAUUAUCCUUGGCAAAACAUCACUUUCAGAAUGGUCCAAUUUCAGAGCAUUAAAUAAAUCACGAGAAGGAUGGUCACCACGUGGUGGGCCAGUCAAUUCGGCUUAUGUAGCCAAUGGCAAUCCUUCAGGUAGUAGCAGUGGCUCGGCCGUGUCUGUUAGUGCCGGAUUUUGCGCGGCUGCAGUCGGCACAGAAACGGCUGGUAGUAUUGUGUCGCCAUCUAGUGUAGCGAACAUAGUGGGUCUCAAACCAACGGUAGGAUUAACAUCUCGUUCCGGUGUUAUUCCCAUCUCACGUUUUCAUGAUUCGAUUGGACCAAUGGGGAAAACGGUGGAAGAUGUAGCAUUGAUGCUAGAGGUUAUGCAGGGUGUUGAUUCGCGUGACGAAGCCACACAAAAAUCAGAUGCUAUUCGUCAUGAAAAUUAUUCCCAAUUUUUACAUGGUGUCGAAGGAUUACGUGGCCUUCGGUUAGGUAUUGUGAGUCAGGGUAUUAACAUGACGAAAGAAUUAGAAGCUGCCGUGAACAACGCAAGUGCUUUGAUGCGUUCACAUGGAGCGAUAAUCAUCGAUUCUGUAAAUUUUACAGACAUCAAUGAUCAUAACUUGUUUGAUGAUUUGUGGUCGCUCUUGUUGAUUACUUUUCCCGAAGAUAUUGCAAAUUAUUUGAUGGCAUUGAACAAUACAACGAUACGAUCUUUAACCGAUCUAAUUGAAUUCAAUCGUAAUCAUACGGAUGAAGAAUUUCAUCCUCUGUUUGCUCCUAAUCAAGAUGUAUUUGAAUGGAGCAAUAAUGUCACUAAGUUAUUACAUAUGAAUCAAUCAAGUCUUCUUAAUAAAACUCGACUAUGGGGAGGACAAUUGUGUAUUGAUGCUAUGUUAAUCAAACACAACUUGGAUGCCCUCAUAACACCAGAUGUUUUCAGUCCAUUGACUAUUAUGGCAUCGGCAGCUGGCUAUCCAUUGAUUACUGUUCCAUUAGGUUAUCAUCAAUCCAACGGGGAACCCUAUGGUCUGAUGAUAGCCGGUACGGCUUGGUCAGAAGCAAUGCUUUUACGAGUUGCACAUGGCUUUGAACAAGCAUCACAUAUUCGAGAUCAGCGACGACCAAUGUAUGCUGAACGUGACUGA